CUUAUCACGUGUGAAUUCGAUCAGCAACUGUUACAAGUCCAAGGUCUGUUUGGUGCAUUAACUCCAAAAUUAGAGAUUGGAUGGCAAGCUGCGACAUCGGCCGUCACCGGCCCAGAUUGUGAUCAAUUCAUUCGCGACUCAUGGCCCCUCAUGGUUCGACCGAUCACCCCGGGAAAUCAUGGUCCGCACGGUGCAGUUCCCCUGUCCCACUCGUUCACCUGGACUCGAUUUAUUCCCAGACUAGAUGAGACUGUCUCAUCUCACGAUUCCGUAUCUACGGACACAGAGCAUCGGAUUGUUCUUGAACCGUAUUCGGAACCGGAAGUAGUGCUUCUUUUAAACACAGAUCAGAUCAAAACAUUGUGUAAAGUUCCACCUACGAAUCGACCUAAUGAGGUCUCAUCGCUUACCUCGUUUGGAACACAACUUCGAGGACUCAAUCGACCAAUCACAUGUAUUUUUCUCACAGCUGCCAAAUUUCGGGCAUCAGAUCGUCGCCGUUCUUCGGUCGGACCGAACUCAAACCCAAGUAAAUUAACCAUCAAUCAACUCUGUAUUCGCUUGCAACUGGAUUGGGGUGUACACGCGACACGGAUUUGUUCAACGGUUCAAGAUGUGGCUCAAACCUUGGCUUCUUAUACCCGUUCGAUUGCCGAACGACCGUACAAGGAGGGUCGCUUGGAUCAGGAUGAUGGCCUGACAUUCCUCCCAGAAACCGUUCGUAUGGGUUUAGCCGGUUGUGCGUCACGUGGUCGCGGCGCGGGUCCGGCUCCCACGAAUCUCCUCUCGACUGAUCCGAUUCAAACGGAACGUGCCGCUCACACUUGGGCCAGUCAAGUUUGGCUUGCGCAACUGGGCCAGUGGCGUGGUUUGACCGGAGAAAUUGCUCACUCAAUCACACUGACCUAUCCUACCGCUCGGACUUUAUACCGUCAUGCACGUCAGCAAAACGUACACUCAGAGCAGACAGAAAACCCACUAAAUUCCCUAUCGAAUUUGGAAAUCCGCCGAGGUGCUGGUGUGUUAGCAUCACGUCGACGCCUUGGGCCUGAAUUUGCACGCCGCUUGAUCACGCAUUUCACCAGUGACAAUCCUGACCACAUUAUUGAAUGA